AUGGCUGCUUUAGGAACCAGGCUGUCCAUAGGUGUCCGGAGAUUGCACCACAGCGUAGUAGCCAGUGGCGACCCCGCUGAGCAGGGGCAGGCUGCCAACCCUUCCGGCUAUGGGCCCCUCACGGAGCUCCCUGACUGGUCUUUUGUGGAUGGCCGCCCUGCACCCUCAAUGAAAGGCCAACUUCGAAGAAAAGCUCAAAGGGAGAAGCUUGCAAUUUAUUUUUAUUUAUAUGAGUACACUGUAGCUAGACCAGUUGUACUGCUGACACAGGGAAUGGAUGCUGGGUUACAGGUGUGGAAGCUCGGGCAGCAGAAAUUGCAGGAGGAAAGGAAGCAGGAACAUGAUCUUAAACCUGAAGGGACUUUACUGAGAAGUCCACUUCCAAAUCAAUAA